AUGGGUCUUCUCAACUCAGCUUCGGUUGUUGUUUCUGUUCUUGUUUGUCAACUAUUUGCCUUGAAUUUGGGUGAUCUUGUAAGCACUGUCUCAGAGAAGUACAUAUCAGCAAUAGGAGACCCAGGAAUGAAGAACCCAAAUAUGAGAGUUGCAUUGGAAGCUUGGAACUUCUGCAAUGAAGUUGGAAUGGAAGCACCCAACAUGGGCAGCCCCAGGCUGGCCGAUUGUGCUGAUAUUGAUUGCUCUCUUACUGAUCAUUUGGAUAGGACCUCCCUAGGUAUGGAAAGUAAGUGUGUGAUUCAUCACAGAGUAAAUGAAUCAGACAACAACUUACGGGCUGGUGAUAAUUUUCCUGUAAGGGAUUUUAAGCCAUACACAGACCCUGACUUAUAUGCAAAGGAAAAGGAACUGUAUCUUGCUUCUCUAUGUGAGGUUCAGAAUUCAUCAGAUCCAUGGCAAUUUUGGAUGGUCAUGCUUAAGAACGGAAAUUUUGACAAAAACACUACUCUUUGUCCUGAAAAUGGCAAGCCGGUAAGCAGAAUUGUUACGGAUAGGAAUUUUCCAUGUUUUGGUCAAGGUUGUAUGAAUCAGCCACUUGUCUACCAUAACUACUCAAGAUUGGUUUCUUAUGGUGACCGAGCAGUGUCUUUAAUUGGAGGAUUUUAUGGAACUUAUGAUCUUGAUGCUGAUUUGAGCAAAGGUAUAGGGAAGAACUCCUACUUUUCAGUCUCAUGGCAGAAAAACUUGGGCACAGGAAGUUGGAUUUUCUCGCAUAGAUUGACAACAUCUUCAAAGUACCCCUGGCUUAUGUUGUAUCUUCGUGCAGAUGCAACAAAAGGACUUAAUGGUGGUUAUCACUAUGAUGGUCGUGGCAUCAUGAGAAAGGUCAUCUCUCCGCAUUUUAAAGUAAGAUUGACACUAGAUGUUAAACGUGGAGGAGGCUCCAACAGUCAAUUUUAUCUCCUUGACAUAGGAAGCUGUUGGAAGAACAAUGGAAAACCAUGUGAUGGUAAUGUUCUGACAGAUGUGACUAGAUACAGUGAAAUGAUAAUAAAUCCAGAAACUACAAGCUGGUGUCGGCCGGAUAACCUUGUUUCCUGCCCUCCUUACCAUGUUACUCGUACUGGUGAUAUAAUAUAUCGAAACGAAACAUCUCGGUUUCCAUAUUCUGCUUAUCAUCUCUACUGUACACCUGGAAAUGCUGAAUUUCUGGAGAAACCAUAUGACAUAUGUGACCCAUAUAGCAAUCCACAAGCACAAGAACUGGUACAAAUUCUUCCACAUCCUGAAUGGGCUGUACAUGGCUAUCCUGCUAAACAAGGAGAUGGAUGGGUUGGAGACCCCAGGACAUGGGAGCUUGAUGUGGGGGCCCUCUCUAGCCGGUUGUAUUUCUACCUGGACCCAGGAACAAAACCAGCACGGAGGGUAUGGUCUUCGAUUAAUGUUGGUACAGAAAUAUAUGUCAGUAGCCCAGGAGAGACUGCGGAAUGGACUGUAAGUGAUUUUGAUGUACUCGUUCCUGAAGGUGUUGAAGAUGGUUCUAGCUCUUAUUGA